AAUGUACAAAGCAGUGGAGUUUUUCCCGCAAACCACACACCACAAGUUUCGGAAAUAGGCUAUAACGUUUUCUGCGGACAACUGCGUUAACUGUGUUGUGUUAUUAGAAGUAAUAUUUUCCUUAUUAUUAUCCUGGUAUAACACCGUAUUUUUGAUUGGGUUAGCUUAGGCUACCUAACGUUAAUACGCUGGUGGGCCAAUAACAUUAGCUACUGUCAAUUCCACAAUAUCUUGAAGGUGCGCAAUGACAUACACAUGAAGGCGUGUCGCUUCAUAGCUGACUGUCGUGAAAACCAGCGUUCGACAGCGUGGAUGGGAAAAACAAAGCAAAGUUUGAUUACCUCACCAUGUAAAAACCACGUGCGAAAUAUAGUAUCUUACUGCAGUUCUGACUUGUUUUGACUUGUUCGAACAGUCACUGAAACGAGAUGCCACACCUCACGGCUGAAACCCCACCUCCUUAACUUGUCAUGAAAUAGACGCCUUCUGAAGUUUACAUUUCAGUUAUCAAGGGUAGCACACACAGAGCAUAUUUUUCCAGGCAUAGCAUUAUGAUUUUUAUGACAUUUAUCCUAAUCUCGGGACUCCUCGUUCUCUAUUUAAUUGCGUGCACUCGGUCGAGUAUUUUGAUUUGCUUAUUAAUACCAGAUCAAAGAAUGAACCACCUUUAGACAAAGGCCGUAUUCCUUGGCUGGGCCAUGCGCUUGAAUUUGGAAAAGAUGCUGCCAAGUUUCUAACGCGAAUGAAGGAGAAACAUGGUGACAUUUUCACGGUGUGUGUUGCUGGGCACUAUGUGACUGUGCUGCUGGACCCAAGCUCUUACGAUGCUGUCCUCCAGGACACCGUUUCGUUGGACUUUCACCGCUAUGCCCAGGUGCUGACGCAGAAAGUCUUCUGCCUGCGUCUGCCCAGCAGCUGCGCUGCUGCACAGAGAGCCUGGAUGGAGCAACACUUUGAAGGAGAAGGUCUGGCUCGCCUGGGCAAAAUCAUGCAAGAGAACGUCCGUGCUCUGCUCUCCUCGCCUGAGAUUCUCCAGAACCCGACGGACUGGAAAAAGGAGGGCCUCUUCAGCUUCUGUUAUAGACUGCUCUUCAAGGCUGGAUAUUUCACCUUGUUUGGCAAGGAACACGGCAACAACUGUGACGAGCUGAAUGCAGUCUAUAAGGAAUACCGAAAAUUUGACAGCCUGCUGGUAAAGAUUGUACGGUCAACGCUUAAGUCAGGUGAAAAGCAGACGGUCGGUGAACUGCGUGAGCAGCUGUGGCUCCGGCUGUUGGCAGGGAAGGCGAAGUCUGGCUGCUGGCAGCAGAGCUACCGUCAGUUCCUGCGGGAGGAGGGGGCGGACGAGGAGACGCAGGCCAGGGCGAUGCUGCUGCAGCUCUGGACCACACAGUGUAAUGCAGGGCCUGCUGCCUUCUGGUUUUUGGGGUUCCUUCUGACCAACCCUGAGGCCAUGGAUGCAGUGAUGAGGGAAAUCAACAGCCUCUCGCUACUGGCGGGAACACAACCGUGUCUCCCCGUGGACAAACUACAGAACACACCAGUAUUUGACAGCGCCCUGAGUGAGAUGCUAAGGCUCACCGCCGCAGUCACCAUCAACAGAGAGGUUCUGCAGGCCAAGACUCUGCGCCUGGCGGACGGCCGGGAGUACGGCCUCAGGCGCGGGGAUCGCGUACUUGUCUUCCCCUACCUCAGCCCCCAGAUGGACCCCGAGAUCCACCGGGAGCCAGAGAAAUUCAAGUACGACAGGUUCCUGAACGCAGACGGGACAGAGAAGACAGACUUUUUCAAAAACGGGAGGAGACUGAAAUACUACACCAUGCCGUGGGGUGCCGGGAGUAACACUUGUGUCGGCAGGCACUUUGCAGUCAGUGGAAUCAAAGAGUUCAUAUUUAUGGUGGUGACUUGCCUGGACCUGGAGCUGUGUGACCCGGACUGCAGCAUGCCACCAGUGAACCCCAGCCGCUAUGGAUUCGGCAUGCUUCAGCCAGACGGGGACCUGGAGAUCCUCUACAGGAUGAAAAGACACAGGAACACGACAGAGGGACGAACAUAAACGCUGAUCAAGUUAACUAAAGCAGAAGUAAUCCUGAUGGCUAAAGCAUACCUUGUCAUGAAGUCAGUGAGUUCAUGUAGUUGCCGUCUUAACCCUAUAAAGCCUGAUAUAUCAAAAAAGAAGAUUUCAGUUCUUUCAACAUCAGCUCAUUUUUGGAUGCUUCAGAAGUAAAUAGUCUUAUUUUUUAUUUUUAAGUAGGCAGUAGGCAUUUCUGUCUUUGUUUCAGUUAAAGUGACCACAAAACAUAUUUGGUCUGCUGAAUUGAUCAAAAUUUGAAGCAAACGUGUUUUUAGAUGUAAGUGGACAUACAUUUAUUUUACCAUUUCUUUUACUAUCAAAUCAUUAAAUGAAGUAAAAUGAUUUUUUUUUAAAUGCAACAAUGUCAGUGUGUAAACUUAGAUGCAAGUAAAUUUAGAUUGUUUUCCUUUCUUACCAGAAAUUCUAUUUAGGUAUUUCUAAUGAAUGGAAGCCAUAAUCCUUAAAACAAACUGUCACAAAAAAGGAGUUAUUUCUUUGGUCUGCUUGCAUGAAUAAGUUUGCCUCAGCUUUACAUGGCAUUGUGAUAAGCAUAGAAGCAUUUCCUCUUCCUGUUCAGACACAGAUGUAUGUCCCACAUUUCAGACAGUAGAGUACUAUCCCAUGCAGGAUAAGGGAGAAAGCCAUCUCGUCUCACAGCUGGUUGCUGGCAUGUUUUAUGUAUUUAUUUAUUUAUAUUUAGAUAUAUAGAUAUACAUGUCUGUAUAAUUAAAUGCAUUAUGUGUG